AUUGUGGUUAAUAAUCACAGCAAGAAAAAAAACUCCUAAUAAAUGCUUCCAGAAACUAACAUAGAUUACAUUAGUCACAACGUAAAGCACAAAAGGUUUGAUCUUGGUAUAAAAUCCCGGAACACUCUGAAGACGUUUAUUACUCAGAAUGAGAGCACUGGUUUUCCUUGCAUUCUUUCUGUACCAGUGUACUGUGGUACAGGGUGUUGAUUUUCUCAUUGAGCUCCAUGAAGUCAAAUCUAUUUUGAAGGACCAGAAAGCUCUUUUGGAGGAGCUAAAGAACCAAGGACAAGGAAAUGGAUGCUCAUGCAUUGCUGAAAUUCGGUAUCAGCUUAAUGAGUUGAAAUCCACAGUGGCAGAACAGAAGGUGAAGCUGGAGGCUCUUCAGAAACAGCUAGCAGAUAAACCUACGGUUGCCUUCUCAGCUUCACUUAUAGGCCACGGCGGUCAGACCCUGGGAGGAUAUUCAACCGAGGAAAUCCUGAAGUUCCAGAAAGUUUUCACGAACGUCGGAGGUGCCUACAGUAGCACUACUGGAAAGUUUACCACUCCUGUGAAAGGCGUGUACUAUUUUAGCUUCACGGCUUUCGCAAACGGAAAAUCAAGCAUGGGCGUGCACCUGCGCAAAAAUGGCGAGCAAAUAGUGGCUAUCUACGAUUACAACAGUAACCACAAAGAUGUGAACGGUGCAAACAGGUCAGUGCUCAUGCUGGAAAAGGGAGAUGAAGUGUACAUCGGGCUCUGGAGCAGUCUGUACAUUUUUGACAGCUACAACAGCGUCAGCACCUUCUCUGGGUUCCUGAUUUUCCCAUCGGAAUAAAAAUCGUUCCAUUGUAUUAACAUUAACACAAAUGCAAAUAUAUUAGAAAGCGAUCGGAAUGCGAUAUAAAAAUAUCUAAAAUGCUUAUAAAAUGUAAAUAAGUUGCCUGAUUUGAAUUUGAGAUUGAACAAUUGUUGAGCCUUAACUAAAAAGUAUUUAAUUACUGUAUUUUUUUUUAUUUAAUUCAAUUUAAUUUUGGUUUAUUUAGACCAAUUUCUUUAUUAGAACAUAAUAUCUUUAUUAUGUGAUUUUUAUUAAUCCUUUGAUUCCCUUCUAAUGUUUUUGUUUCUUUGUUAAGCACUUAUAAUGUGAUUUUAAUGAUGCUUUGAAAUUUCUAUAAAAUAAAAUAAUACAAAAUGCUGAAAUACAUUUUUUUAAUAUAUCAUACAUAUAACAUAACAUCAUAAAAUUUAUUAUACCGAUUUUUUUUUUUCCUUCAACCCCAUGGUUUUGUGUUCAACCCCAAAUUCAAUGACUGUCUAUACAAAGAUUCACAUAUUUACUAGGUAAUUUUCUCCAGGAUCUCCAGAGUGUGUAGAUUGUGCUCUGUGAUAACACUGAUAUAGUUUAUAAGUAAAUACACUAUAUUGCCAACCUCA